UGGGGUAAGGGUGGAGAUGGGAUGAAAGAAGUGUCCAGAAAGAAGGAACAGAAGCAAGGAGGGAGUGUAGUGUAGAGUCAAAGAGGCCACAUCUUCAGCAGGUACCUUCCACCUUGUGCGAAAAUAGUCACCUUGUGGCCUGGUGGAUAUAUUUACACUCCUCUGAGCUCCUUGUUUCCUUGAAAAAGAGAGUUUGUGGAGCUCAUUUAGAGAUUUCCAGGGUGCUGUAUGGCUGAGAGAAGCAGAGAGUUGGAAUGUACUGGACAUGCUAUGCAGGCACCAUCAGCUUGUUGCCUCCUGACAUGCUCACUGGAGACACAGCAGGACUCUGGGAUGUCUCCUUCAGCCUCAACAGUUGUGUCCGGUGCUUCUGCUGUCUCCUGGGCAAGAUGUGAUCCUCUGUAAACACUUACUUUGGGCUGUUCUCUUAGCCCAGCAUUAGACCAAGACAGACACUGAGGCCCCAACAGCACCUUUCCUGAUGAAGAUCUUGCUACCAAUCAGAGCCAGCCUAGGACUCCAUCUUCAGUGACCAACAUCUACUGUCUUCCUAUGCUCCCUGGCUCGUGGCUCUCUGGUUCAGAGCCUGCCUCUUGCCUCACAUUACACCUUUGCUCUCUGGGUUUCUCCCAGGAGGACUUAGAGGGAAGAGGGAAAGCCCUGGUCUAGCCUGCUCUACUUAUUCUCUCCUUCUCCAGACCCCAGCAGUUCCCCCAGGUUUGACCCAGUGUGUUGGGGGUCCCUUUCUCCAAAUUUACCUACAAAGCCCCUCUUCCCACAGCCAUGACCGUCGCUGCCGUGCCCCCCGUGCUGAGUGCUGUGGGCUUCACUGGGGCAGGAAUCGCUGCCUCCUCUCUAGCAGCUAAGAUGAUGUCCUUGUCAGCUAUUGCUAAUGGAGGCGGAGUUGCAGCUGGUAGCCUGGUGGCCACUCUGCAGUCAGUGGGAGCUGCAGGACUCUCCAUGUCAUCGAAAUUCCUCGUGGGCUCUGCAGGCUGCUCUGGUGACCUGUGUGAUGGGCAUCUGAGACUUGUAACCCUUCUCUGCCCAGAGAAGGGGAGAGAGAAGGGGAGGUGACACCUCCCAGCUUGUCCAACCCCAGAGAGGGAUCAAUUCACCCCCGUGGACAAUUUGCUAACGCCAAAUGCCUAAUUGGAAAUAAGAAAUAAAAUCAAAUGCUGCUGCCAGCCUUAUCAUUCUCUUCA